AUGGCUUUGAUUUUCAAGUCUCUGGCAUUCGAUUCCAGUUACUCACUUGAUGUGGAAUGGAAGAGGCGAGAAGCAAGGGGCAGUGAAGAUGCCGCCUUGAAGUCCCUGCUGUAUAAGAUAACAACGUCUUCCCCUUGGUUCCGAUAUGAAAAGGGUUCCAUGGAGCGGGCGGAAUGCCACCAAAUCCUGUCACAGCAAUUAAAACUCCCCGAGUCGGAAAUAUCCUCUGGGCUCUGCGCAAUUCCCCAAUUCUCGCUCCCUGAGGGUGUGAGAGACCUCAAGGCCGAUUUUCCAGAUCUCAAAUUCCUCGCAGUUGGGAACGGAACCUUAGACCAGGUGGCACCCCUUCAACGUCAACUGGAUGGAGGCCAAUGGCCUGACACUCGGAUAUUUGCUUCCUGCCAACUAGGUGAACGCCUACCGCAUUCGGGGUUCAUCAAAAGACUCCUCAAGGAGAGUCAGCUAGAGUCGUCACAGGUGCUCUAUGUCACUCACAUCCCGGAACAUGCGGCUGCAGCCCAAACUGCUGGACUUGAAGUUUUGUUAUGCCCGGACCAGGCUCAGUACGCGUCUCGUGUUCGGAAGCUUUACUCAAAUCCUAUAGAAAGAGGCCUGAGCUUCUUGAAGGGUCAAGCUGGCAACUUGAAUCUCGAAACAAGUGCUGGCAAGACAUUGCAAGAUAUUUUCAGCCAAUUUCUCAUCCUCGACGCACUCAAUGACGAAAGCAUUGUUUACCUACCCCAAGGCUCACCUCCGUUCAACUGGCUCUUUGAUAAUGAAACUAGCCGCAAGCCAGUUUACUCGAAGCCAGCAUGCGUGGAUACCAAUUCACUGGGGCUAUCCGUUGUCAGCCAUGUUACCAUGGACCAGCGAAAUGAUAUCAUGGAUCAGAUGUUAGCCUUACGAGAUUCAGAGGGAAUUAUGCAGGUUUAUUUCUCCGAUGAGGUGAUCCGGCAGGACAUCGGUGUAGCCAUUAAUUCCUUGUCACUAUUCAACGAGUUUGGAAGGGGUGAAGAACUUCAGGCCACAGAGGAUUGGGUUUUUGACACCCUCAGAACCCGUGCGCAUGAGUAUUCUUCUCACUACUACACCACACCCGAUCUCAUUCUUUUCUUCAUGUCUCGAUUGCUCGAGGAUUCCAACUCCUGCUUCGUGACUGUGUUUUAG